GAAGACUUACAGCCAUAUCUCGGCCGCGGCCCGUCUGCCUCUUCUGAAGUUGACAUCCUGUCUUCAGUAAAAAGUUUCCAAACAGUCCGGAUACGCUGGCUGCCUGCUGUCCUGAGCACAAACACUUCAAGAAGGUGGGGUAGAGAAAAAGCGGGAAGGACCGUGCGGUCCUCUUCUUCCUCCUGUGCACGGGACUGAUUUCAGACUUUUUUUUUUUCCUCUCUCUCGUCUUCUGCAAACCUCUGUGACGUCACUGGGUGUGUUCUUAAUUCUAAACUACGCGUUUCAGGAAACAGCGCAGCAGCCUCCUGACAAACUGCGCACACAGCCCCCUCUGCUGCCCAUUACGGGUAGCACAAAUGGAGCCGUUUUCAAAGUAAAACUGGCUCGUCCAUCACAGGCUGGACUGUGCUGAUGGUCGUCGGGCGGAGCUCUGAGGUCAUAUAAGAGAGGAGGAGCGAGGACGCGGUCCGUCAGCACCAUGGACAGCGCCGGGGUGCUGCGUGGACUGCUGUGCGCCAGCCUGCUGUGCGUCCUGUGCCACGGACAAACCUCCACGCAAGACUCCGCGGAAGACAGACUGGACCCAGCCGCGGACCAAGACCUGAUGGAUGCUCUGGAGGCUCUGUUGGGCAGGACGCGCAGUCGGAUUUCCAUGACAGAGAAAAGAGGCAGCAUCCCAGUGUGUGGGAUGGGUGACAGAUGUGCCAUGAAGUUCGGGCCCCGCAUUGGAAAGUUGUGCGACUGUGGCAGACGGGCCAACUGCAACUCAUAUCUGCUCAAAUGCAUCUAAACUACUGAGGAUUUUUUCCUUCUGAUGAAGCUUCACGCCUGCAGGAUCUUCAGCAGGCUGCACAGCAUCCAUCAGCCAGACAAGACACCACCAGUUAGUCUGUGAAAGCAUCACGCUUGGACUUCAUAUUGCUGACAGCACUGGCUUUGCACCGUAGAACAUGAAUGUUUCCCUGCACAGCAAACAUCCAUUAUAUCAGUUCUUUAUAUUAU